GCCCCCCGGGGGGGGGGAGAGGCGGCGGCUCCCUCCAUUGCCGCACAGCGCAGCAGCAGCAGGAGGACGCUGUGAGGAGGCAGCGAGAAUUUUCCACAAUCCGCCGCCAUCCUCCUUGCAGGAGCGCUCGCAUCGCCACCCGGCACCCACCCGGCAGACACCGUCGACGCGUUGUCACGGCGCAUCCGAUGGCGGCGCAGAUGGGGCGGCUGGCGAGCGCCGUGCUGGGCAUCCUCCUCACGGCUACUGCCUGCCACUCGGCCACGCUGAGCUUGGCCGAGCCCCAGGUGGCGAUGUUCUGCGGCAAGCUGAACAUGCACCUGGGCCUGGACACUGGGCGCUGGCAGCCUGACCCCAGCGGGGUCACCAGCUGCCUGGCUACCAGACAGGACAUACUCGCUUACUGCCAGCAGGUGUAUCCGGAGCUCCAGGUGCGAAAUGUGGUGGAGGGGAACUCCCCGGUGACUAUCGGAGGCUGGUGCCGGAGAGACAGAGCCCACGGGAAGAGGAGCGGAGCAGGAGAGAGGGGAGGAGAGAGGGGAGACUCUGCCAGCACGGGGCAGUGCAGGGGUCACCCUCACGUCGUGGUGCCGUACCGCUGCCUAGUCGGAGAGUUCAAGAGUGACGCCCUCCUCGUACCAGAGAAGUGCCACUUCCUGCACAAGGAGAAGAUGGAGGAGUGUGAGACUCAUCUGCACUGGCACAGCACUGCCAAGGAGGCGUGCGAGGCUCAGCACUCCAGUCUGCUCAACUUCGGCAUGCUGCUGCCCUGCGCCAUCGACCGUUUCCGUGGUGUGGAGUUCGUCUGCUGCCCUCUGGAUCCCCAGCGAGCUGCCCAUGAGGGGCAGCAGCAGCAGCCAGAAGGGCAGCAGCAGGAGGAAGAGGAGCAGGAGGAUAGGAAUCUCAACGUCGGAUUCACCUCUCAGGAGCUACGGCCCAUCGAUCCGGUGUACGACUGGUGGGAGGGCGGCCAUGGCACGGACAGCAACUACCAGGCUGGUGAGGAGCUCGCCGUGGACGACUCUCCACCUCCUCCUGCCCUCGCCAAUGGCGACGGCGACGCUGGCGACGAUGAUGGCGACGAAGAUGCCGGUGACGGUGAUGAUGAUGAGGAGGAGGGGGGCGAUGAUGGCGACAAUGACGAUGGCGACGAUGGUGACGACGAUGGCAAUGAUGGCGACGACGAUGGCGACGACGAUGGCGGCGACGAUGGCGGCAACGAUGGCGACGACGAUGGCAACGAUGGCGACGAUGAUGAUGAGGUGGAGGAUGGAGUCACCGUCACCACGACCACUGAGUGGGCUGCCAGUUCCAUCUCCCCAUCUCCCACGACCACCUCCUCCGCCCCCCGCUCCUCCUCUCCUCCGGCCGUGGAGGGGGGGGAGCAGGGAGAGAUAUUGGGGGGGGGCGAGGAAAAAGAGGAGGAGGAGGUGAAGGAGGAGGAGGUGAAGGAGGAGGAGGAGGAGGAGGUGGAGGAGGUGGCCGGGGGGGAGCAUCGUAGAUUCCUCGCCGCCAAGGAAGCUCUUGAGCGGAGUCACAGGGAGGAGAUGGGGCUGGCGAUGAGAGCGUGGGAGCAGCGUGGGAGCAGCCCCGGGGAGAGAGGGGGCCUCAUCCAGCGGUUCCAGCUGGAGGUGUCCCGCAUGGACCGUGCGUACGCCCAGCGCAGGCAGCUGCUGCUGCAGGGCCAUGCGCGGCGCGCCCAGCAGGCGCUGAGCGACCGCCGCAGGGCGGCACUGGAGGAGCUGCUGGGCACGGUGCAGGGGGAUCACGAGACGCGGCCACACCGCGUGGUGCAGGCUCUCCGGCACUACCUGAAAGCCGAGUCCAAAGACCGCACGCACAGCCUGAGGCACCUCCAGCACACGGCCAGCGUCGACCCCGCAAGGGCACAGGCCAUGAAGGCCCAGGUGGAUGCUCACCUGUUGGCUAUCGACGAACGAAUCAACCAGACCCUGGCGCUGCUGCUGGGACGCCUCCCACCACUCUCCUCCGACAUGCAGCGCCAGAUCGCCGCCGCUCUCUCCCCACUGCACGAGACCCAACAACAGCAGCAGCAGCGACACAAACAGCACAAACAGCACAAACAACAACAACAACAACAGCAGCAGGCAGAGAUCCCCCUGCCUGCCGGUCGCCGUGGCUACGGGAGGGACGCCCUGCCUCUACCUCCCUCUCCUCCCUCCGCCUCUCCCUCCCCCUCCUUCUCCCUGCUCCCCCUGGCCGCCUCCACCUCUGGCCCCCCUCCUCCCCCUCCUCCUCCUCCUCCACCUCCUCCCCCACCUCCUGCUCAAGCAGCGCCCACUCUGCUGCCCACCUCGUCACGGAUCGGACAACCCGUGGCUCCAACUCGCUACGCAGGGAGCCAGAAGUCAUCGAAAUACAACCCUGGCCACAGGACCAUUCCAGAUAAAUCCAGCUACACACAUGGCCUCGUGGAGGAGGAGGAGGUGGAUGACCAGGAGGAGGAGGAGUACCUGGAGAUCCUCACCAACGAGAUUCUGGUCAAGGCUCCCCCUCUGGGCUCCAAGGGGACUCAACAGGACUCGGCUGUCUACCAACUCCCGCAGAAGAUGAUGCGUGGUGGGCGUCAGCACGGUGGCGAGGGCGGCGGUGAGGAUGACGACGACGAUGGUGAGGAGGAUGAGGGGGAGGGGCUGGUGAACCGCGGGGCCCUGGUGGGACUCCUGGCCGGGGCUUCGAUCGUCGCGGCCGCCAUCGUCCUGUCGCUGGCCGUGCUGCGGCGCAAGCAGCAGCAGCAACAGCACGCCAGCAUCAGCCACGGCGUCGUAGAGGUUGAUGCUGCUCUAAGCCCAGAAGAGCGCCAUCUGAACAAGAUGCAGCAGAAUGGAUACGAGAAUCCAACGUACAAGUACUUCGAGCAGAUGCACAUCUAGUGCUGAGGUUACACUACAGUAUACCCUACACUACUAUACACUACACUACCAAACACUACGCUACUCUACACUACACUAAACAACUACCCUACGAUACACUAUGCUACGAUACACUCCUCUACCGUACAGUACUAUGCACAACUAUACACUACACUAUUAUACACUACACUAUAUGCUGCACUACACUACUAUACAUGACUAUACACUACUAUACACUGCACCAUACACUAAACUAUACACUACCACUACACUAGACACUACUAUACACUACACUAAACUAUACACAACACUAAACUAUACACGACACUAUACAGCACUACUUUACACUACACUAUACACUACUACGCACUACACUACCACACACUACUCUACUAUACACUACACUACUAUACACUACACUAAUAUACACUACACUACUAUACACCACACUACAAUAUACACUACACUACAAUAUACACUACACACCACACUAAACACUACACACAAUAUUCACUCCAUACUACACUGCGCUAGACAUUCCCCACUAUAGAUACGCCCCCCGCACACCCCACUCUAUAUAAAUAUAAACUCUGUCCACAUCGCCCUCUCUCUCGCUGGGUGUCACAUCCACGGUUUUAGUGGUCCACGGUGAGAGCCUCCACACAGUGGUGAGGUGGUGAGUCUACACACAGUGGUGAGAGUCGAAACAAUGGUGUCUGCACACUAAUCUCUCCUGGCUAGAUGAAUAGUGAAUCUCAGUGGGGUGGCUCUCCCCUGGCUAGAUGAAUAGUGAAUCUCAGUGGGGUCUCUCUCUCCUGGCUAGAUGAAUAGUGAAUCUCAGUGGGAUGGCUCUCCCCUGGCUAGAUGAAUAGUGAAUCUCAGUGGGGUCACUCUCCCCUGGCUAGAUGAAUAGUGAAUCUCAGUGGGGUCUCUCUCUCCUGGCUAGAUGAAUAGUGAAUCUCAGUGGGUGGCUCUCCCCUGGCUAGAUGAAUAGUGAAUCUCAGUGGGGUGGCUCUCUCCUGGCUAGAUGAAUAGUGAAUCUCAGUGGGGUGGCUCUCUCCUGGCUAGAUGAAUAGUGAAUCUCAGUGGGGUCUCUUUCCCCUGGCUAGAUGAAUAGUGAAUCUCAGUGGGGUCUCUCUCCCCUAGCUAGAUGAAUAGUGAAUCUCAGUGGGGUCUCUCUCCCCUGGCUAGAUGAAUAGUGAAUCUCAGUGGGGUCACUCUCCCCUGGCUAGAUGAAUAGUGAAUCUCAGUGGGGUCUCUCUCUUGGCUAGAUGAAUAGUGAAUCUCAGUGGGGUCACUCUCCCCUGGCUAGAUGAAUAGAGAAUCUCUGUGGGGUCACUCUCCCCUGGCUAGAUGAAUAGUGAAUCUCAGUGGGGUCUCUCUCUCCUGGCUAGAUGAAUAGUGAAUCUCAGUGGGGUCACUCUCCCCUGGCUAGAUGAAUAUUGAAUCUCAGUGGGGUGGCUCUCCCCUGGCUAGAUGAAUAGUGAAUCUCAGUGGGGUGGCUCUCCCCUGGCUAGAUGAAUAGUGAAUCUCAGUGGGGUCUCUCUCCCCUGGCUAGAUGAAUAGUGAAUCUCAGUGGGGUCACUCUCUCCUGGCUAGAUGAAUAGUGAAUCUCAGUGGGGUCUCUCUCCCCUGGCUAGAUGAAUAGUGAAUCUCAGUGGGGUCACUCUCCCCUGGCUAGAUGAAUAGUGAAUCUCAGUGGGGUCUCUCUCCCCUGGCUAGAUGAAUAGUGAAUCUCAGUGGGGUGGCUCUCCCCUGGCUAGAUGAAUAGUGAAUCUCAGUGGGGUGGCUCUCCCCUGGCUAGAUGAAUAGUGAAUCUCAGUGGGGUCUCUCUCCCCUGGCUAGAUGAAUAGUGAAUCUCAGUGGGGUCACUCUCCCCUGGCUAGAUGAAUAGUGAAUCUCAGUGGGGUCACUCUCCCCUGGCUAGAUGAAUAGUGAAUCUCAGUGGGGUCUCUCUCUUGGCUAGAUGAAUAGUGAAUCUCAGUGGGGUCACUCUCCCCUGGCUAGAUGAAUAGUGAAUCUCUGUGGGGUCACUCUCCCCUGGCUAGAUGAAUAGUGAAUCUCAGUGGGGUCUCUCUCUCCUGGCUAGAUGAAUAGUGAAUCUCAGUGGGGUCUCUCUCCCCUGGCUAGAUGAAUAGUGAAUCUCAGUGGGGUCACUCUCCCCUGGCUAGAUGAAUAUUGAAUCUCAGUGGGGUGGCUCUCCCCUGGCUAGAUGAAUAGUGAAUCUCAGUGGGGUCUCUCACUCCUGGCUAGAUGAAUAGUGAAUCUCAGUGGGGUGGCUCUCCCCUGGCUAGAUGAAUAGUGAAUCUCAGUGGGGUCACUCUCCCUGGCUAGAUGAAUAGUGAAUCUCAGUGGGGUCACUCACUCCUGGCUAGAUGAAUAGUGAAUCUCAGUGGGGUCUCUCACUCCUGGCUAGAUGAAUAGUGAAUCUCAGUGGGGUGGCUCUCCCCUGGCUAGAUGAAUAGUGAAUCUCAGUGGGGUCACUCUCCCCUGGCUAGAUGAAUAGUGAAUCUCAGUGGGGUGGCUCUCCCCUGGCUAGAUGAAUAGUGAAUUAAUAGUUAAUGACACUGCUUUAUUUAUUUGCGUUGUUCACUGCUCUGUCGGUGUCACUAACUGCCCUGCGCACUCUAGCCGUCCGUGUGGUUUUUUAUAUAUAAACAAAUGAGGCGAGAAAAAGAAUGAUACGCACACGCGUGUUCACGGGCACACGCGUGUUCACGGGCACACGUACACAUACACCCGCACACGCGUACGAGUGUGUGUGUACAUGUGGUGUACGUGUGUGUGUACCUAUGCUAUCACCUGUGUAUACGUGCUGUUAACUUGUAACCAUGAUGUUAGACGUUGUCGUUAGGUGAUGGUCAUGAUGAUGAUGAUGAUUGCGCUGAUCGUAAUGGUGAUUUUGAUGAUGAUUAUGGUUAUGACGGGAAGAGAUUGCAUCCUGAGAGUGGUCAGAUGGUCUCUAGAGCCCGCGUCUGUAGACCAUGACUCUCUAGACUGCGAGUCUCUAGACCAUGACUUUCUCGACCCCGGGUCUUUUAGACCAGGGGUGGGGAACCUUUUUUUCUGCCAAGGGCCAUUUGGAUAUUUAUAACAUCAUAGAAAAUUAUCAACUUAAAAAUUUGCCUGUUAUGUUUGGUCAAAUAUUUAAUUAACUCGCCCCUAAUGUGAUGGCUGGAACUGCUUCUCUUUGGCGAGGCGUGUGAUGUUAGCUGGUAUUGAUGAUGUUACUACUCGCAACUGCUUUUCCAGGUUUGCUCCGAGAUUUAUUGAAUUUUGAGUCCCGCCUGUGGUUGCCUUGGCAGGGUCAGAUUAAAUGAUUUUGCGGGCCUCAUACGGCCCGCGGGCCGGACGUUCCCCACCCCUGCUCUAGACCAUGACUCGACCCCUGGGUCUGUAGACCCCCGGGUGCGUGGUGUGUGCUGGGUGUGUGUGUGUAUUGAGUUUAGUACUCGAGUGAGUAUUCUGCAUAUACUGCAUGUAAUUAGCGCUACUGGUUGGUAAAAGAGGUUGCGAGAUUAGGAUUGGAGGUAGAGGAGGAAUUGGAGGAUGAGGUGGAGGAAUAAUAGGAGGUGGAGGAAUAGGAGGAGGUGGUGGAGGAAUAGGAGGUUCGAGUAGAGUCUUCGUCGUUGAAACCUCACCGAGUCCCCUUCACAACCACGACACCUAAGGGGGGGGGGGGAGGAGGGGGGGAUGGCGGGUCUGUAUGGGAUGAUGAAGUAGAGGGAUCUGUAGGUGAUGAGGUAGAUGGGGUGGUGAGGUAGUUGUGAGGUCGAAGGGGUGGUGAGGUAGUGGUGAGUUAGAGAGUGGUAAGAUAGUGGAGAGGUAGACGGGGUGGUGAGGUAGAUGGAGUGGUGAGGUAGAUGGAGUGGUGAGGUAGAUGGAGUGGUGAGGUAGUGAUGAGGUAGACGGAGUGGUGAGUUAGAGAGUGGUAAGAUAGUGGUGAGUUAGAUGGGGUGGUGAGGUAGACGGAGUGGUGAGGUAGUGGUGAGGUAGAGAGUGGUAAGAUAGUGGUGAGGUAGUGAUGAGGUAGACGGAGUGGUGAGGUAGAGAGUGGUAAGAUAGUGGUGAGGUAGACGGGGUGGUGAGGUAGACGGGGUGGUGAGGUAGACGGGGUAGUGAGGUAGACGGAGUGGUGAGGUAGACGGAGUGGUGAGGUAGACGGGGUGGUGAGGUAGACGGGGUGGUGAUGUAGACGGAGUGGUGAGGUAGACGGAGUGGUGAGGUAGACGGAGUGGUGAGGUAGAGAGUGAUGAGGUAGUGGUGAGGUAGAGAGUGGUAAGAUAGUGGUGAGGUAGACGGAGUGGUGAGGUAGACGGGGUGGUGAGGUAGACGGAGUGGUGAGGUAGAGAGUGGUAAGAUAGUGGUGAGGUAGACGGGGUGGUGAGGUAGACGGAGUGGUGAGGUAGACGGAGUGGUGAGGUAGAGAGUGGUAAGAUAGUGGUGAGGUAGACGGAGUGGUGAGGUAGACGGAGUGGUGAGGUAGACGGAGUGGUGAGAUUUAACGAUGAUUCUGUGCAGCCCCCGCUAGUCCCCUCGCUAGGUUUUAGAUGGAACUCUGUGACCACGAGAGCUCGCUAUUUAAAAUAAAAUUAAGACUUACAAACGUUCACGGACGUCGCGAUGUGGACCAAUAAAGGAUCCAGACUCUGGUGGA